AUGGACCUCAACACCUAUGAGCUGGACUCUUUGGACGUUCCUCCUCUCACUCCCACCAGCAAGGAGGUCCUGAGCCGGGCCAUGAAGGCCAGUUUUGCUGGCUUUGCCCAGGAGAUCAUCAACUGUCACCUCCAUUCUGGAGGCACCUGUACUCACGUUUCCUCUCUACACACCUGUGCAUGUGAAGAUCCUAUGCUGUGGACUGAAUGGGAGGUGAACCACUGGCUGGACUGGUGCCAGGCUGAGUUUGGACUGCAAAGCCUGGGCUCGGACCUGAGAGGCCUACAGGGCGGGCAGCUGUGUGCUCUGAACAGGGAGGCGUUCCUGAGCCUAAUGAGUGACGGCACUGCAGGGGAGAUCCUGUGGGAGCACCUGGACACCAUGAUAAGAGAAAACUUCUCUGACUAUCUUCAGGAUCCAGUAGAUGAACAAGAUGAACAAAUGCCGUGUGAGUCCAGAGGGAGCCCAAACUUCCAGACUCUGAGGCCCCUGGCUGCACAGCAGGAAGCCUGUUAUGGAGGAGGCCCCAUAAAGUUUCUAGAAAGUCUGACUGUGUCCGUUUUCACCUCAUACGUUUUGCGAUCUGCUGAACUUCCAGAGUCUCAAUCAGACAUGAAGAUUUCUACCUGUGGGGACCCUGACUUCACCGGCUCUCGUUUGUGGACCCCUCCGCUCCACGGUAUCGAGUCUGUGAUGGAGGACAGUCUGCCCGACCAGGCCUUGAUGUUACCACAGAAACACAAGAGCUUCAAGGAUUAUGUGGGUCACAAAACAGACCUGGGCAGAGCUGUGAUCCCGGCAGCCAUUCUGGCUGGUUAUACAGGAAGUGGCCCCAUUCAGCUGUGGCAGUUCCUGCUGGAGCUUCUGACAGACCGCAGUUGUCAGUCCUGCAUAAGCUGGACGGGAGACGGUUGGGAGUUCAAGCUAACGGACCCUGAUGAGGUAGCUCUGCUGUGGGGCAGGAGGAAAAACAAACCCAAGAUGAACUAUGAGAAACUGAGUCGGGGUCUGCGCUAUUACUACGACAAGAACAUCAUUCGUAAGACGGCAGGCAAACGUUAUGUUUACCGCUUUGUCUGCAACCUGCAAGGCCUGCUGGGAUACGAGCCCGGGGAGCUGCAUGCCAUGUUAAACAUUACAAACAAGAGUCAUUCAUAAAAAGUAAACAGCGCCAAAACACACACCCUUCAAAACACGAAACGAGGCCGUUCCACCUCCUGAGAGAUGCGUGGACUCAACCGCUAAAAGAUUAGACAGAAAUGAAUAUUUAAAUUAUCCACAAAUGUGCCUGAACUGCUGCUCAUCAUGACUAUAUGCCUCAGUCUUUCUAGAUCUCCUAUAUUAAUUCAGUUAUUAUGCUCUGGAUAAAAUAAUAAUAAUAAAAUAAGGACAAGUUUACUGUAAAUUCAGAGGAAUCCAGUCAGACAGAAAACAUAGGAGCCAAAUGAAAACAUCCUGAACAGCCACUGAAAAUAAAUGAGCAUUUUCCUCACAGUGGAGAACAAACAAAAGCUGAAAAUGCAGCAUCCAUAUCAACCUGCAAAAGAAACUACAGAAGAAAACGUGGAAAGUUCAAUCCAAAGGGCUGUAGAUACAGUUUCCUUCACCGUGAAGCAAAGAUGUUCUCAGACGAAUCUGAACUCAGUUCAUUUCAACUCGGAGCAAAAUAAUGUAAAACAACAUGACUGUGGAAAGGUUUGAUCCUCUGGAUAAGACAGAAUAAUGCUCCAAAGAGCAGUGAGGGGGGACCGUGUGGUCUAGACUAUGACCAAAGAGUUUAAGACAACACAACCUUUUUCCCUUCUGGGGGGGUCUCAGUGCACAUUUUCUAAACCCACUGAGUUUGAACAGAAAAGGUUGUCUCAAUUUGAAGAACGAUGUGAUUCAGUUCAGAUUUCUGUUUUCUAAACGGAUCUCGGUUUGUUAGAAACACUUUCUAAAGGUUGGAAUGCCUUCAAUAAAUGAAAUCUCAGGUGUUUUUUUUCCUUCAGAGAAACUAAAAUUCACAAACUGAAAUGAACGGGUGAAUUUUUAAAGAUUCUGACAGAUGAAAAACAAAGAAAGAGGCGUCCACACGUGGAAAGUCAUGGGACCUUUUCUGAAACCCAUUUGAUGCUAAAAUAAACACGGCACUCAUUUGAAUCCGUGGAUCCUUCAUGCAUGAAGAUGAAUAAAUGCAUUUGUUUCUGCAGAGAAAUGACUGAGUUCUGAGGUGAUUUUAUCCAUCAGAGAGGAAGAGACGGCUGUCCAGAAUGUGGGGAUUAUUUCCACCACUUACCCUCCUAAGGGGCCACUAAUGGAAGGCAUGGCAUGGGGGAGUGAGCUUUGAUUUGCCCCUUCAGACCACAGCUCAUGUCCUUUCAGGGCUGAAUGACGCUAACCUUGUUAUUUAAACCACAGCGGCUUCCUGCUGAGAGCAGACGAUGAAGAACCAUGGAUCCGUUCUGUUCCCAUCAGUUCAGCUGUGGUCUCACAGAGCAGGUCUGUCAGAACGGACGACAGACACGAUUCUUCUUUAUCUCAUUCGUUGUAGGCGUCUUUGGGAUCGGUGUCGUUUGAAUCCAUUCACUGAAUCCCUUCCAGGGUCACCGAGUUGUUGGAGCCUAUCCCUACUACUGUUGGGUGGAGGCGGGGUUCACUCUGGACAGGGCCGUCCCAAAGCUCCACGAUCACGCAUCAGAGUCCCGCUCCGAUUCUCAUCUGAUCUG